AUGACGUUGCGGGACGCAAACUCAAAUGCAAUGGCGGGCAGCACCGGCAGCGGCAAAAUAAAUCCGACCGCGUCCAUCAGCACAGAUGAAACUCGCGUGGAGUGUGCGUGGCGGCCCAUCACUCCAGCAGAGGGCGACGCUCUUGCACGUCUUCUUCUCGAACGGGCCACCGCAGCACCGGUGCGAGUUGUCGAUCUCAUUGAUAAUCAACUCGGCCCACUGCAGGCACAACGAAUUGCCGCCGUGUUGGAGUCUUCACCCGUGCGGGAGGUACUCUUGCGAUAUAAUGAUAUUGGAAAAGAGGGGUGUGAUGCCCUCGCAAGUGUAAUUAAUGUAUCUACAAAAUUGCAGUUACUAGAUAUACGAGGGAAUGGACUCACAGCGGGAUGUGUGCGGAAGUUAAUUAAAUCUAUUUCCAUGUCUACCGCCCUCACACGAUUGGGACUCAGUGCUAAUAAAAUUGGUGAGGAAGGUGCCGCUUUACUCUUUCAAGGACUUGAGAAAAAUGCCUACUUAACAUCUCUUGAUAUCUCAUUAAAUGAAAUUGGACCUAACGGGGCUGCGAGUAUUGCCAAGUUAUUGGCACUCCCAGCCUCACCCUUACAAAGUGUACAAAUGUAUGGUAAUCAUCUCGGAUGUACAGGCAUCACGGCUAUUGCAAACGCCCUGCAGCGGAAUCGGUGUCUGCGGGAAAUAACACUCGGCAACAAUAAUGCCACAGAUGCCUCUACAGAAGCGCUUGCAGAGAUGUUAAGAGAAAAUACAACACUGGAGUAUUUGGAUCUUCGGUUGAAUACCAUCACCGCAGUGGGAGCACGUAAUCUUGCCCAUGAUGGACUUGCCUAUAAUACAUUUCUUCUUUCUUUGUGUCUCUCUGGGAAUCCGAUUGGAAGUGUUGGUGGAGAUGAGAUUGCAAAGGGACUCAUUAUGCAUCAGAGUAGUGCUCUUACAAGACUUGAUUUGAGUUCAUGUGAACUUGGACCAACAGGAGGAAUGCGAAUUGCAAGUCUUAUUGCUGCUACCAUCACACUUGCAGAGGUGAAUUUAAGUGAUAACAAAUUGGAUGAUGAGGCGGCUGUAGUACUUUCGAGAAGUAUUGUAAAUAGUAUUUCUAUCUCUGUUGUGGAUUUAUCUUCUAACGAGAUUGGAGAAUGGGGGGCAAGUAAUUUAAUUGAUGCCACACAAUUAAAUUCUCGCAUGUCCUCUCUUGUUCUACAUGGUAAUAAUAUUAAUCGUGUGGUUCAAAAGAAGAUUGAUACAUUGCUAGGGGAACGUCUCUCCCGCAAUCGUGUUGAGCAACAUCAAGCCUCUCUUCACCACCAACAACAACUCUUAAAGCAGGUUCUUUGA